UUGUGCUCGUGUUUGUUCGUUGUUAAAAAUUGCACUUAUUGUUUACAUAUGUACUCAUCUGAUUUGUUCCAUUCUAUAAAACAAUUCCAAGAUUCCAUCGCUUGGUAAAUACGGACAAUAUGAUUUACUGCCGAAGAUAGUUCAAUAUUACAAUAGCUUAUUUAAUUUACAUGAUGGGCGAACUUAAUAAAAAACAAAAUGAGUGGGAUACCAAAGGAUUACGGGACCCUGUCAAAACCCUUGAGGAUAAAUGGAAAUUAGUGCCUUCAUUUCUUCAAGUUAAAGGUUUGGUGAAACAGCACAUAGAUUCAUUUAAUUACUUCAUAAAUGUGGAGAUAAAGAAGAUAGUACAGGCUAAUGAAAAAGUAUUUUGUGAAUCUGAUCCACUGUUCUAUAUUAAAUAUUUAAAUGCCUAUGUUGGUACACCUGACUUGGAAGAAGGGUUCAAUAUCACUAAGCCAACGACACCUCAUGAAUGUCGUCUUAGAGAUAUAACAUACUCAGCUCCUAUAACUGUUGAUAUAGAAUAUAUUAGAGGAAACCAGAGGGUGAUCAAAAAUAAACAACUGAUUGGAAGAAUGCCCCUCAUGCUUAGGUCUUCAAACUGCGUUCUUACUAAUAAAUCGGAUUUUGAGCUUGCACAGUUAAAUGAGUGUCCCCAUGAUCCUGGAGGCUAUUUUAUUAUAAGAGGUCAAGAAAAGGUGAUUUUAAUUCAAGAGCAACUCUCUAGAAAUCGAAUGAUUGUUGAUGAAUUCAAAGGAGCAGUACAAUGUCAGGUUACAAGUUCCACACAUGAGAAGAAAACUAGAACGAAUGUGAUUCUUAAACAUGGAAAAUAUGUGCUCAGACAUAAUGCAUUGUCUGAUGAUAUUCCAAUAGCUGUCGCCUUUAAAGCCAUGGGCAUAUGUAGUGAUCAAGAAAUAAUGCAGCUUGUAGGUACUGACGAUAAUACAAUAAAAAAAAUGGCACCUUGUAUUCUAGAUUGCCAUAAUUUGAAAAUAUUUACUCAAAAUCAAGCUCUGACUUAUAUAGGAAGUAAACUAAAAGUAAAAAGGUAUCAAGGUGGAAACACAAAAGUACGCUCACCAAUUGAUGACGCUCGUGAACUAUUAGCUACGACUAUAUUAGCUCACGUAUCGGUUGAGAAUUACAAUUUCUACGUAAAGGCCAUUUACCUUGCGAUAAUGGUGAAAAGGGUAAUUGAAGCCGAAACAAAUAAAACUGCAAUAGACGAUCCAGAUUACUAUGGGAACAAAAGGCUUGAAUUGGCGGGGUCUUUAUUGGCACUUAUGUUUGAAGAUUUAUUCAAAAGAUUCAACUGGGAAUUGAAGAGUAUAGCCGAUAAAAUAAUACCUAAAGUUAAAGCUGCCCCCUUUGAUGUUGUGAAGCAUAUGAGACCGGAUUUGAUUGCUAAUGGACUGUUUACAGCCAUCUCUAGUGGCAAUUGGACAAUUAAGCGCUUUAAAAUGGAAAGGCACGGGGUCACACAAGUAUUAAGUCGCCUCAGUUAUAUAUCAGCACUUGGUAUGAUGACAAGAGUAAAUUCCCAAUUCGAGAAGACCAGAAAAGUGUCUGGACCACGGUCAUUACAGGCCUCACAGUGGGGUAUGCUGUGUCCUUCCGACACUCCUGAAGGAGAAGCAUGCGGUCUUGUUAAGAAUUUAGCACUUAUGACGCAUAUUACAACAGAGUGUUCUGAAGAGCCUAUUGCUAAGUUGGCCUGUAAUGCUGGAGUUGAAGACGUAAGGCUGCUAGGCGGAGAAGAAAUAAAUCAUCCUGCUGUUUACAUUGUCUUUCUUAAUGGUAACAUACUGGGCGUUUCUCGACAGUAUAAGCGGCUGAUUAAAGUUUUUAGAAUGUUCAGGAGAAGAGGAUUGAUUUCAGCUUUUGUCUCCAUAUAUCCCAAUCAUAACCAAAGAACCGUUUAUAUCUGCAGUGACGGCGGCAGGCUCUGUCGACCGUACAUAAUCGUAGAAAGAGGAAAUACCUUAGUGCAGCAAUCUCAUUUAAAUGAAUUAAAUAGAGGUAUAAGAAAAUUCCAAGAUUUCUUAAAUGAUGGUCUUAUAGAAUAUUUGGAUGUAAAUGAAGAAAAUGACAGUCAUAUAGCAACACGUGAAGUAGAUAUUGAUCCGUACGUCACUACUCAUCUAGAAAUAGAACCUUUUACGAUAUUAGGUGUGUGCGCAGGCUUAGUACCAUAUCCACAUCACAACCAGAGCCCUAGGAACACAUAUCAAUGUGCUAUGGGUAAACAAGCAAUGGGAACCAUAGGGUACAAUCAAAAAAACAGAAUCGAUACUCUAAUGUAUAACCUUGUUUAUCCUCAAUGUCCAAUGGUGAAGUCUAAAACUAUUGAGUUGAUAAAUUUUGAUAAACUGCCAGCUGGUCAGAACGCUACUGUCGCUGUAAUGAGCUACAGUGGAUAUGAUAUAGAAGACGCUUUGAUUCUAAACAAAGCUUCGAUUGACAGAGGAUAUGGACGUUGUCUAGUUUAUAAAAGUGCGAAAACAACAAUGAAGCGGUACAGCAAUCAAACAUCGGACCGAAUUUUGGGACCUUCGAGAGAUGCAGUUACAGGAAAAGUAAUUAGAACUCAUGAUGUUUUGGAUUCUGACGGCAUUGCAGCUCCAGGUGAAAUGGUUGAAAAUAGGCAAGUUUUAAUAAACAAACAGAUGCCGCCGGCUACGAUAAAUCCCGUCACUCAAGGACAACCGCAACAAAUUGAAUACAAAGAUGUACCAGUUACAUACAAAGGGCCAGUUGAGUCAUACAUCGAAAAGGUUAUGGUAUCUUCAAACUCCGAAGAUGCUUUCUUGAUAAAAAUCUUAUUAAGGCAAACCAGAGUUCCAGAGAUCGGUGACAAGUUUAGUUCUAGACACGGUCAGAAAGGUGUAACUGGCUUGAUUGUGCAACAAGAAGAUAUGCCUUUUAAUGACAGAGGAAUAUGUCCUGACAUGAUCAUGAAUCCCCACGGCUUCCCAUCUAGAAUGACAGUGGGAAAAACCAUUGAGCUCUUAGCUGGAAAAGCGGGAUUAUUAGAAGGAAAAUUCCAUUAUGGUACUGCGUUCGGAGGUUCCAAAGUACAGGACGUUUGCAAAGAAUUAGAAAAACAUGGUUACAAUUAUCACGGAAAAGAUAUAUUUUAUUCGGGAUUAACUGGAGAGCCUUUAGAAGCUUAUAUUUAUUCUGGUCCUGUAUACUACCAGAAGUUAAAGCAUAUGGUUCAAGACAAAAUGCACGCCCGAGCACGCGGACCUAGGGCGGUUCUGACUCGUCAACCGACUGAAGGACGCUCUCGCGACGGAGGACUUCGGCUGGGCGAGAUGGAACGAGAUUGUCUUAUUGGAUAUGGCGCCAGCAUGUUGAUCAUGGAGCGGCUAAUGCUGGCCUCGGACGCGUUCACCGCGGACAUAUGCGGCGCGUGCGGGCGGCUCGCGAACCGCGCCUGGUGUCACACUUGCCGGUCAUCGGCUGCGGUUUCCAGUGUCGAAAUGCCGUACGCUUGCAAAUUGUUAUUUCAAGAACUAGCUUCAAUGAAUAUCGUACCUAAGCUUACCCUAAAGAAAUAUUCCUAACAGACAAUAAAUAGGUAAUGAUUCUGAAAA